GGAGGAGGGUCUGCCUGCGCGCUCCCGUGCGCGCCAACCUCCUGUUCGCCAUCCCAUCCUAUCCCGGUCUAUUCGCUGACUCAGUGCCUUAAGCAGCAUCGCCCUCCACCUGCACAGAGCUACAGCAUCCUCUGCGGAGAAAUACAUCAGCCAUGUCCAAAACAGCAACCGCAUAUAAAGAGAAGAUGAAGGAGCUGUCCGUCUUCUCGCUCAUCUGCUCCUGUUUCUACCCAGAGGCACACAACAAGCCUGCUUGUGAGUUUGAAGACAUGGAGGUGAAGGCUAUAAACAAGCGAGCCUCUGGCCAGGCCUUCGAGGUGAUCCUCAAGCCUCUGUCUCCAGUGUCAGAUGUGGCCCACAACCUGCCCACUCCCCCAAAGAGGGAUAUCUCCUUGGAGGACAUUGAGAAGAAACUGGAAGCUGCAGAAGACCGGAGGAAGUAUCAAGAGGCCCAGGUGCUGAGGGCUUUGGCAGAAAAACGAGACCAUGAGAGGGAAGUGUUGAUAAAGGCCAUGGAAGAGAACAGCAACUUCAGCAAGAUGGCCGAGGAGAAGCUCCAGAUGAAGAUGGAGCAGAUCAAGGAGAACCGUGAGGCCCAUCUGGCAGCCAUGAUUGAGCGUCUGCAGGAGAAGGAGAGACAUGCAGCUUUGGUGCGCAAGAACAAAGAGCUGAGGGAAGAGCUGACAGCAUGAGCCUCGCACAAGUCCUGAUUUCCAUGGUCCAUCGAUGCCCCCCCCCCCACGCCCCCUACCUUCCUCCCCCUAUCCAGUCCCCCCUCCCUUCCUUGCCCUGCCCGCCCAACAGACACCCAAACCUGGAGGCCGAGAGGUUUGAGGACCUCACGACCUCAUCACAACACACCACACCACCACUACUUACCACUAUCAGUAUUAUCAUUGGAUACAAAAAUCAUUAACACUCAUCUUGUGAGUUGAAUUAAUUUUAUGUUAGACAACAAGUGAGAAUACGGCUAUUGUUUUGUAAAUACUUUUCUUUUCUUAAAGUCUCUCUCUCUAUUUCUCUGUCUCUCUAUCCCUCUAUCUAUCACGGUAGGUGAAACACGUACAGAGAUUGUAUUGUACUGCGCUGUACAAUUUCAAACAUUGAUUAACGUUUCGGUUCUUGAAAUUCGACUCCGCCACCAUUCUUCUUGUGAAAGCCGUCGGUGUUGUGAGUUGGCUGUAGACUGACAUUUGCAGUGUUUCCUGAUUGUGUCAUGAUGAUGAUGUUUCUGUGUCUUUGUAAAGAAUGACAGUCGGUGUACCUACAAGACAGACUCCUCAAGAUAUCACCGAAUCGCAUCUGUAUCUUUCUCAUGCACACCCACUCAUCCUCGACACUUGGAACUUAACAACACGCAGAACUCCACAGAUGCAUAACGAGUCCACCUCCUCUGAAAUAAGCUUGAUGAUGAACUUGACAGGUCCUUUGUUGUUAUUAAGAAUGUCUUUGCCCAAUGGAAGCAAAUGUUGAUACCCUUGCAGGUUCCCAUUUACACUUACAACGGCAUUUCACAAUGACUCCAUCUCAAGCCAAAUCCAAAGCUCUGUUUCAUACACGGUAUUUUGCCAUUAAGCUCUUGAAUGUUAUGACACCAUGCUGGUACCAUGCACAUGGUCCUCGACAUUGGGAUGUGCUGUUGGUCCCACCUUAUUAUUGACAGUGUCACCACAAGGCAUGUCUGUGUGGGUGUGUGUGUGAAUGCAAAUUUACCACAAGGCAGCAUUAGCCUCUGCCCUCUUUAGGGGAUUAGAUGGAUAAUGGAUGCAGGAUGCUUUACAUUCAGCCCACUGAACUAGUCUCUUUUUAAUAUACAGUACCACUGAUAUCUGCCUGCAUUCUCUGCUGCUUGUGUUUCUCUGUGAAAGCUUUGCUGAAUUACGAUUUGAGGUUCUGUGAACAUGGCAUGCACCAUCUAAUACUUUUCUGUGCUAAAAGAGGGAUAAUGUAAACCGACAAAUAAAAGAACCAGUUAUCUACACCACCUGA